CCAGAUCACCAUAAAAGUUGGCAGAUCUUUGAAAUUUUUCUUUUUGCCAUGUCUGGUGAAAUCAUGGUUCCCUAUGUUAGGGACGCUAUAAGCACCAAUCGUGACCCAACUGUUGACGGUUUUCUGGACAGCCUUACUACCCCUAAUGAAAAAUUCAUGUAUGAUGUUCUUUUUAAUUUCAGCCUUGCCCUCCAUGUAUUUCGUGCUGGUGUUAGACGGAACAACAGUGAUGCAAUUCUUGCAAGCAGAUGCAUGUUUUCUCCGUUGUUCUUUGGUCUAAACAUGCCAUUCUACAUGGAGGCAUAUAUAAGAGAUUCAAUGAUUAGACUGCAAUGUCCUUCUGAAGUAAGUGAGUUCAUUGCAAACCAUGAAUCUUACAGUGUGAGUGGUAACGACAGUAAGGGGGAAGGAGGCGAUUUUGUCCUAGAAAACCUCAACAGGAAGGCAAAAAGUUUCAUGCCUCCUGGGAUGCCAUCUGAGGAGAGAUGGCUGACAAUUUGUCGAAACAUUGAUAGAUUAGAUGAGAUAAGACAAAAUAUGCAGGGGAAGCUGGGGAUGUCAGAAAAAGACAGUAAUUACAACUACACUUACGACCUCACAGAGGAAAUAGCCUCCUUCCGAAAAAUCAUUAGAAAAAGUGGAUAUUUUCAACAAACUACUCUCACAACACUCUCCAACAAACCUACAGACAGCGCCCUCUCGCAAUUCUCCACACAGUGCACACACAACAAACAACUUCACUACACACACAUCACUACAAACAAACUUUCAUCCAGACAGAAAUACACUCCAAUUUUCAUCCUACAGGAACAUAGACACAAACAUACAGACAUAUCAAACAAAACAAAAACAGAAAUCAUAUCACAUAUACAGACAUUGAUUGAUGACUUGGGCUCCGAUGUGUUAAAUAAGAAAUGGACAAAAAUUAAAAAGAGCAAAAAAGCUACCAUCUUGCAAUUUCUGAAGGAAAUAAAUGAAAUCCGCGAGGGCCAGAAUGAAAGUGAGAGUGAUUGAUAUCCUACAUUUGUCCUCCGCAACUUCAGGCGAUAGGACGGACUCAGUUGUCUGAGCGGCACUCUCUCGCACGCUGUGGUGCUCCACAUCAGCUGGCGCGGCACUUGAAGUUGAGGGCUGCGAAUCCUUAGUUUCACUUGUACAUAUAUAAUGAACUUUGUGAUUAUUUAUACUGUCGAUACCUCAUUGAAGUUUGGACUUCUGUACUCAUAAGUCGCCCCAGAAGAACUCCGAAUAGUGACGGACACCUCUGCAGAAGUUGCAGUGUACAAAUCUUUUGCCUUAAAAUACCCGGAUGAUCGGAAAUGAAAGUAAACAUGACUAGAAAAGAGUCCAUGAAGUUUUAGAAGAAGUCAUGAAGGAUUGAAGGUAGAAACACCAUUUUCUAAACACCACAACUAUCAUUUCUACACAAGACCUCCUUUUUAAACAGACAAGCGCAAGAACUUGGACAUGGAAAGUGAAAUAUUUAACGUUAUUAUGACGGAAAACGUCCCAUAGUACUUACCACUUGACCAGACAUGAUGCGCUUCUUAAAAGGAAGACUACAAAUGAUAAUGCACGAUUUUUUUCUCCCAUAUGGUCAGUAAACAAUGUGUACGAUAUGGGUGAUUGACCACCAUAUGGGAGAUAAAGUACCAAAUGGUGGGGUGUGCCCAACCU